CCCUGAGCGACAAUGGCGUCCAGAGCCCGAAUCAUAACGAUUGCGGCACGUGGGUGCGCAACAUCAAUGGCGGCGUGUUCACGUCGCCAAAGUACCCUGACACGUACCCGCCCAACAAGGAGUGCGUCUACAUCCUGGAAGAUGGGAUUCACUCCCCCACGGCCCCUUGCCACCCUUCCAGCGGUUAGGGGAGCAACUGGAGGUCCGGCGCAAUGGCGUCAUCAGCCACACAGUUGCCGGCCACGAUGUCAUGGGGUGAGGAAGAGGAGGGGAAAAGAGUCAUCCAGGGGGACCGGUGUACGUCGUUCUGCUGUGGCCGCUUAUGCUGCGCUCCUCGGUGGCCACAGCACCGCCCUGUCCCGCUUGAUUUCAACAGAGGCAAACCAGAAGGGAAAUUGUCCCGGUGGCGUGCUGCUGGUCAUUAUGCCGGCUCAGCGGCUGCCUCUCUGCAGCCCGUAAGAGCGUGCGCAUUGCGCGUCGCUGGUGAUUCUCUCCCCACUUGAGCCGUAAGAGAGUGCAAUUUUUUUUAGAGCAUUCAAUGAUACGCUGACAGCGUCCGAAAGCUGCAAGAACUUCUCAAUUGUUGACCAUUUUAAAGCCUGAUUUCACAUGCCAUUUUUUUGUUCAUUCACUCAUGGUUCUUGAUCCUAAGGGCAUUUUGAGAAGCAUGUCAAAGAUUAUUAAGAUACGUGGGAACUGUUUUAAAAUGUCUCCUUUAAACAGAAACUGAGUCCCGGUGAAGCUAAAGAAAACAAGCCGACUGACCACUUAAUAAUCUCAUGUUCAAGUUCCCAAAAAGUAAUGAAUGUGUUCCGGGUGGUGCUCUAACAUGACCGUUCAUGUCCAUGACCAAACAGCUUUGCCCAGGCAGAGGAUUCAGCUUGUGUUUGACAAGAAUUACUACAUUGAGCCGUCCUUCGAGUGCCGCUUCGACCACAUCGAGAUCCGCGACGGGCCCUUUGGCUUCUCGCCGCUAAUCGACCGGGUGUGUGGAGGCAAGACCCCGGCACUAGUCACCUCCACCGGACGCUUCAUGUGGAUCAAGUUCACCAGCGACGAGGAGCUGGAGGGCCUCGGAUUCCGCAUCAAGUACACGUUUGUUGCAGACCCUGACUUCCAUCUGCAUGUGGGCGGACUGUUAAACCCAAUCCCGGACUGUCAGUUUGAGCUGGGCGGCUUUGAUGGGAUCAUUCGCUCCAGUCAGGUGGACGAAGCCAAGCGGGUGAAGCCCGGAGACGCCCUGGACUGCAUCUGGACCAUCAGGGCCCCCCCUCAGUCCAAGAUCUACUUGCGCUUUAUGGAGUACCAGAUGGAGCACUCCAACGAGUGCAAGAAGAACUUUGUGGCCAUCUACGAUGGAAGCAGCGCCAUCGAGAACCUGAAGGCCAAGUUCUGCAGCACGGUGGCCAAUGACGUCAUGCUGGAGAACGGUGUGGGCGUCGUGCGCAUGUGGGCCGAUGAGAAGAGCCGACUCAGCCGCUUCCGCAUGCUCUUCACCUCCUUUGUGGACCCCCCUUGCUCAGCCAACACCUUCUUCUGCCAUAGCAACAUGUGCAUCAACAACUCGCUGGUGUGUAAUGGUGUCCAGAACUGCGUCUACCCUUGGGAUGAAAAUCACUGCAAAGAGAAGAGAUCCAGGGGUCUCUUUCACCAGAUCACCAAGACCCACGGCACGGUCAUCGGUGUCUCAUCUGGGAUUGUUCUGGUUCUUCUCAUCAUUUCCAUCCUGGUCCAGAUGAAGCAGCCCCGGAAAAAGGUGGUCGCCCGUCGGCCAGGUGUCUUCAACAAAGCGGGUCUCCAAGAGGUCUUCGACCCGCCACACUAUGAGCUCUUCUCACUGCGUGAGAAGGAGAUGUCGUCGGACCUGGCCGACCUGUCCGAGGAGUUAGACAGCUUUCACAAGGUGCGGCGCUCGUCCACCAUGUCACGUUGCGUACACGAGCACCACUGUGGCUCGCAGGGGUCUGUGGGGACGGGCGGCGGAGGCAGCAUUAAGCACAGCCGCACCACGCUGAGCUCCAUGGAGCUGUCCUACCACAACGACUUCUCUAAGCCGCCUCCCAUGAAGACCUUCAACUCCACUGGCACUUUCAAGAAGAGCUGCUACGGCUACAAGCAGCAUGCCCAGACUCAUGACUGCGACCAGCAGGUCAUCGAGGACCGUGUCACUGAGGAGAUACCCUGUGAGAUCUACAGCCGAGGCGGCGGGGCCACGGGUGGCAUGGGCAUCGGAGGGGCGGUGGGCAUCACGGGGGGAGUGGCCAUGGCCGGGGGCAUGGGUAUGACGGGGGGAGUGGCCAUGGCUGGGCCCAGUGGCAUCGCCGGUGGAAUUGGCGGUGGGAUGGGGGGAGCCUGCGGCACCCUCACCAUCCGUGGCAACAGCGCCCGGAACAGUGCUUCAGUGGUGGACCCCCAACAGCGCUCCAUGUCCAUGGACUUUUAGAAGAAGAAUCUUCUCUCUGUGGGGUUGGAAAACCAGGAUCAAGCAACGAGAACAGAACCUCAUUGGUCCACCACCAACAGCGCUCCAUUUCCAUGGACUUCUAGAAGAAGAAUCUUUUUGUCUCUCCAUGGGAUGGCUAAACAGGGAUCAAGGAACCAGAACAACUGGUGUAACCAAGAGAGGAUUCAAAUUCAGACCUGCAUGCAGACUCUCGGUUGGACCAAGAAACUAGCCAGAGAGAAGAACGCAUCAAGAGACUUUGUGAAUCGUUCACCUGUCAUGCGUGUGUGUGUGUAGUACAGUAUAUAUAUAUUAUUUUAUUUAUUUAUUUUAUUUUUUUGGGGGGGGGUGGAUUUUGUUUUGUUUUGGGCGGCACGGUGGACGACUGGUUAGCGCAUUCGCCUCAGUGUUCUGAGGACCGGGGUUCAAAUCCAGUCUCGCCUUUCUGGAGUUUGCAUGUUCUCCCCGUGCCUGUGUGGGUUUUCUCCAGGUACUCCAAUUUCCUUCCCCGUCCCAAAAACAUGCACGGUAGGUUAAUUGAUGACUCUAAAUUGUCCGUAGGUGUUUGUUUAUAUGUGCCCUGCGAUUGGGUGGCAACCAGUUCAGGGUGUACCCCGCCUCCUCCCCGCAAUUAGCUGGGAUAGGCUCCAGCAUACCCAUUACCCUAGUGAGAAUAAGCGGUGUAGAAAAUAAAUGGAUGGAUGGAUGUUUUGUUUUGUUUCGGUGCGUGUUCCCUCACUUUCACAACUAGGAUCCAUCGACUUUGUGACAUGGUGGGAUUUGAUGGAACCCCAAAGUUGUGAGCAGGUCUGUCUUUUGGUUUUGUCCAAGUAGAUCAGUCCAAAGACGCUUUCACACAGCAAUAGUUCGAUUUAUCUGGUCCCAGUCACAAUCCCCUAGUCCGUUUCCCUUGGUUGGGAUGUGUCACAACAAACCAUGCGACGUCACUCUUUUCUCUUAUUGGUCACAGUAAUGUAAACAGGAAGAGGUUUUGGCCAUAAGGUACUGCUGGUCAAUCUGCAGUAGCACACCAGAAAAUAGCCAAGUGCACUUUAGGGUGGCUAAAGCAAAGACUUGAUCAGUAAGUCAGCGGUCACUUGUUUUGACUCUGAAGUCUGCAUCACCAUUAUGAUAUUAAGGGUUUCCAAACCUGACUGUUUCACAAACAGACUAUGCCCAAGUUAAUUCCGAACCAUCCAGUUUAAUCUGGGAGGUCUCGGGUGGUUGUUUGUAGUCUGUAGUCUACUUUACCAUUAUAAUGUUUAGGCUCUCCAAUCCUAGUUGGGUCACACCGGACCAUUACAAUUUUUAUUCUGAACUGUUCAGUUAGUUCUAAGUGACCAGUUUUGUCCACAGACCAUUUUCCAUUACUGUGUUCACACAUCACAGAAGAGAUAGUGUGUGGUUAGUUGUUGUGUGGUUGUAUUGGUCUGCACCCACAUUCAGAUACUGGACUUCGCUGAGUUAAUUUAGAACCAAUCAGUUAGUUCUAGGUGGUCUCAGGUUUGGCUUGAAGAAUUCUUUUUUUUUCAGUUCAAAUUUGAUUAUAUUGUUCAUUAACCAGAAUUUAGGUAAAGUCAUACCUGAUCCCACUAAUAGGACCGAGGUGUUAAAUGAAAUAAAAUGCGAACGCACCCCUAAAAAAGGUUGCCCGUCUGAUUUCACCCACACCUAAGUUACAUUUUUGUGUUAAAUACUGAAUAAAUGAACUGCACCAAGUGGGAAAACCAACUGCAGUUGCAUUAUAAUGGAAGCAACCUUACACCUGACAAAAUAAAUUGCACAAGAAGGAAAACAUACUUCAGUUAGAUUAAAAUAGACCAAAGCGUGAAAGCACCACUAGAAAAGGUAGUACAGUUGGUUUGGUCUGCGGAGUUCAGUUUGUGUAUCCACACUUGACCAAAUGAAUCACCACACUAAGGGGGGAAUUAAAUUAGAGUACAAUUAAAACAGUCUAAAAAGGUACAAAGUUACCUGUAAUCCGGUUGGUUUGACCUGCGCCAUGUUUGAUUAUUGUGUUUACACCUGACUGAACGUACCGCACCAGGAUGGAAAACAAACUGGAGUUCAUUUAACAUGGACCAAAGUGUGAAAACCCCUGAAGGAGUGGUAGUCUGUUUAGUGUGAUCCAUACCUGAAUAUGGGUACCAUGUCCACACCUGACAGAAUGAACUGCACAAGAGGGGAAGUACUGUACAAUGGAAGAGAACCCUCAGAAGAAGUAAUCCGGUUGGUUUGGUCUACACCAGCCGCACUGCCAAAGCACACUGGUUUUGUUCACAAACUGCCCCACGGGGGAAACGAACUGGAGAACGAUUAUCAGUCUAUAAACCCGUGUGGAAGCACGCUCAAACUGUCUGUUUUGGCUGGUUUUGCAGUGCUGUGACUCACUGGUGCCUCCUAAGGAACAGAGUGGCAUUACAAGACGUGCGAGUAGCCUCUUGCACCUUUUAGCAGUGCUGCACUGGACUCGUUGAACCCAUUAAGGUCAUGACAGCACUCGUGAUGGAGUAUGACAUGCUUUGGCCUUUGUUGAAAUAGCAGUCCUGCUUACCACACACACACACACACACACGUGUGCUCACACACGCAUGCACACAUGCACACACACACACACACACACAUGCAGACAUAACGCCUAUAGCUCCAUCUCUCCAGGGGAAGAGCACACCAAGAGACUCUUGUUUUGGUAAGAGGAAAGUGUUUUUAUUUUUAAUUCUUGUGAAAUGUAAAACAAGCACAACUCACUUCCCCUAAAAAGAAAAUGAUGAUGAUAAUUUAACCACUAUGUAUGAUUUCAUUCUGUUGGAUUAAAAGAAAACCUACUCACCA